CGUCAGCAGGAAAAAGCAGCAGUGCCACGUCAGCAACCAGUCACGGCAGCAGCAGGUCACGUCAGUGCAUGGUGCUCACCCGCUCAAAGACAAGCGGCAUGGAGCAGCAGCCAGGCGAGACUACCGAGGCCUAUGAGGCCCGCAUGCUGGACAUGGUAGCAGAGUACAAGCAACGGGCAGCUGCGGCAACAUCCGCACGUAAAAAGGAAGAUGAGCAAGCAGAGGAACAACGUCGCCUCGCUGAACAGCAGCGACAGGCGGAUGCUGAGGCAGCAACGAAGGCCGCAGACGAACGCCGUCGACUACGCCGAGACAAACUCCUCGGAUGCGAGGGGGAUAUCGAGGUAAUUGCCGGCGAAUGCACAACAAGAGGACAUCCUCUGCAUAGACACCCUGGUCCGGAAGCACUUCGAAUUAUUUAUGAACUGCUUGACCGGGUACGUCGGCUGGAACAGCAGCUUGCAGCAGCCAACCCCGCCGGACCCUCCAACUUGACGGACCGCGUCAAUGUCUUGGAAAUCGACGUCGAGACUUUCAAGGACGGCGCUCUAACGACAAAUCAGCGGAUUGACCAGCAGAUUGGCGCGGCCGCAGCCAGUCCGACCGCGACUAAUCGCGAGAGCAUCCCGAAGUUUGACGGCCUCCCGAUCUUCUGCGAUGCAACGAAGACGGACCCGAUCCCAUGGUGGCGGCAGUUUGAGCUGAAGUUGGACAUUCACCACGUCAUCAACCCGAACCGGCACGCCUACUUAUACUCCCGCUCGGGAGGCGCGUGCCAGGCAUGGCUGGACAACAUGUUGUCCACGCACAACGUCACAGUCUCCGAGCUGUAUCCAAAGAUCAGCUGGGCUGAUCUCAAGGCAGCAUGGCAUAAGCAGUUCCAAGUAGAGCCGCCCGAGCUUCAGGCAGCCGAGAAACUUCAACGGUUCUAUCAGAACGACCUGCCAAGCACAGACUGGAUCACCGAGGACCAACGCUUGGCAUCCACGCCCAACUUGCCGUCGACAUUUGUCGCUAUCAAGCACUUCUUCAUCAGAAGGAGCUGCCCGGCGUUGCAGAACGCCUUGACGCAAGUUGCGGAGAUGCUCACCACAAGUGAGCAGCUUUUUUAUAAAGCCUCGCAGAUCAUCGUGACGAACAUCGAAGCCAAGAAUUUGGGCCAUUCGUCUGCUGCAGGCCAGGGCAGAGGACAGCAUCGGCCGAAAUUGGCCGUGGUCGCAACAACUACAACGACCAACCCUUCAAAGGAGGGUGCCUCUUUUAAGGAAGGAGACAGAUUGGCAACCGCCCGGGAUGGUGGCCGCCCCGCUAGAGGGCGAGGACGCGGCAAACCGAAGACACACACCAAUUCAGCCCCUGGGGACGGACCAGCGGCUCAAGAGCCUUGGACACAUUACGGUAUCUUGGAAGGCGUGUACCGCAUCCGUACUAACGCUGAGGUGCCGUGUACCAUUCCUCUUCCGCACUCCUCGAUCCGGUGCAAAGUUGCAACGGCCAAGUCUUUUCGGGCCACUUGCGCUUACGAGCGGACCGACAAGACAUGCCUAUGUUUUCUACGAGCCGCUGCGACGACCGAAUCUUCACCUACGAACUUGUCUUCAGACCCCCGAGUGGUGCGGCUGCUCGACGAGUUCACCGACAUCUUCGAGGUUCCUACCGGUGUGGUGCCGGAUCGGCUGCUCUCCCACGAGAUCAUUCUCGAGGCCGGUGCCGUGCCGCCGAAAGGAUGCAUCUAUCGCAUGAGUGAGGAAGAGCUCGAGGUUCUCCGCGCUCAACUCGAGGAUGUUUUGGACAAGGGCUGGAUCCGCCCUAGUAGCUCACCAUAUGGUGCGCCAGUUCUCUUCGUACGGAAGAAGAACAAGGAUCUUCGCUUGUGCAUCGACUACCGCAAGCUCAACGAACAAGCCGUAAAGAAUGCAGGACCUCUUCCGCAGAUUGACGACCUUCUCGAGCGUUCGGGCGGCGCAAAAUUCUUCUCAAAGUUGUACUUGAAGUCGGGCUACCAUCAAAUCUCAAUAUGCCUGCAAGAUUGCUACAAAUCUGCGUUCAAAACAAGACGCUCCGCCGUGCCAAGUACAUUUGAGGAUCAUCUUGAGCACCUUCGACGAGUAUUGGAGACGCUCCGCCGCGCCAAGUACAAAGCCAACCACGACAAGUGCGAAUUUGUCCGGCAAGAGCUGGAAUACUUGGGCCAUUUUGUCACACCGGAGGGCAUCAGUCCGUUGUCGGACAAGAUUCAAGCCAUCCAAGAGUGGCCGGAGCCGAAGACCGUCACAAACGUCUGUUCCUUCCUUGGCUUAGCCGGCUACUAUCAACGCUUCAUCAAGGGAUACUCGAAGAUCGCGGCUCCCUUAUCCAAGCUUCAAUGCGAGGACCGGCCAUUCGACUUCGACGACUAUGCGCGAACUUCAUUUUUGGCUCUCAAAGCCGCAUUGCUAUCCGCGGAGGUGUUGCGCAUCUACGAUCCGCUUUUGCCGACACGUGUCACUACCGAUGCGUCUGGCUAUGGCAUUGGUGAUGUCCUCGAGCAACAUGACGGUGUGGACUGACACCCGAUUGAGUACUUUAGCAAGAACGUGCCCGCCGUACACUCGAUUGACGACGCACGGAAGAAGGAAUUAUUGGCCUUCGUACACGCGCUCAAGCGCUG